CUGGCUUCCAAUUUCCAUCCUUCUCUGUCUGGUAACUUCGCUUUGUCUCUAUUUCUCUCUCUCUCUCUAGUCUAGACUACAUACAAAGGAAGCCCAGCAGCCAAUUAAGAACCGAAUUGAAGCUCUUUUCUUUUUCCUACUGGACUACUGCCUUCACCACCCCACAUCCAUUUUUAGAUCUGGUUCAUUAACCAAGCAUGGAGAUUGAAUCAGCCAGUGACAAGAAGCCUGGGCUCCUUGUUCGUGGGUGGUCGUGGCUUAAGGCCUUGCCUGAGAAAUCUAAGGCCAAAGUAAUUGAGGUGGCAAAGAACGUAAGGAAAGUUGGGCAGGAUGAUCCAAGGAGGAUUGUCCACGCUCUCAAGGUUGGGCUAGCUCUCUCCGUGGUUUCACUUAUUUACUACUAUAAGCCUUUUUACGAUGGCUUUGGAAUCUCAGGGAUGUGGGCUGUAUUAACAGUGGUCGUUGUCUUUGAAUUCUCUGUUGGUGCAACCUUGAGCAAAGGUCUAAAUAGAGGAUUUGCAACAUUUCUCGCUGGUGCCUUAGGAGUUGGAGCUCAUUACUUGUCAAAUCUCUGUGGAGACAAGGGAGAACCUAUAGUCCUUGGGCUCUCGGUUUUUCUUCUAGCUGCAGCGUCAACAUUCUCACGAUUCAUUCCUGGAGUCAAGCAAAGAUACGACUAUGGGGUGGUGAUAUUUAUAUUGACAUUCAGCUUGGUAGCUGUGUCUGGUUAUAGGGUUGACGAGAUCAUAGAGCUGGCUCACCAGAGAUUGUCAACUAUUGUCAUUGGAGGCCUAACCUGUGUGAUCAUAUCCAUUUGUAUUAUGCCAGUUUGGGCCGGUGAAGAUCUUCACAAUCUGGUUGCUCAAAACCUGGAAAAGCUCGCCUGCUUCUUAGAAGGAUUCGGGGGUGAAUACUUCAAAGAUUUAGAGGAUGGGGAGAUUGUUGUGGUGUCUAAAAGUGGCAAGCCAUUAGCCGAAUACUUUAGAAAUCCAGAGGAUGGAGAGGCUGCUGUGGUCUCUAAAAGUGACAAGUCAUCUCUUCAAAAGUAUAAAAGUAUUCUUACUUCAAAGACCACAGAGGACUCCUUGGCCAACUUUGCGAGAUGGGAGCCUGGCCACGGGCGUUUCAGGUUCCGUCACCCAUGGAAACAAUACCUGAAGCUUGCAGCGCUGAUUCGUCAAUGUGCCUAUCUACUCGAAGCUCUUAAUGGCUACAUAAACUCUGACAUCCAAAUCCCACCAGAAUUCCAGAGGAAAAUUCAAGAUGAGUGCAUAACUAUGAGCUUGGAAUCAGGAAAGGCUUUGAAGGAAUUAUCAGAAUCUAUCAAAACAAUGACAGGCCCAAGCUUGGCGGAUCCCCAUGUAGAGAACUGCAAAAAUGCUGCCAUGGACCUCAAGACCACACUGAAAACUGCACUUCUGGAGAAUUCAGACCUCUUGGGAGUCAUACCUGCUGCAACAGUGGCUUCAUUACUAAUCGAUAUUGUUGUCUGCACUGAGAAAAUUGCAGAAUCUGUUCAUGAGCUUGCCAAGUUAGCACAUUUUAAGACUGUGGAACCCACAGUAACGCCGGAGAAAUCACAACUACUUCACCGAGGAACCGUAAACCCGCUUGCUGAAACUGACAGCCCUGAAGUUGUAAUUACAGUAUCUGGGUCAAUGGAAGCUUUGCCAGAAGGUGCGAAUCCUCAGGCACCAGUGAAUGGCAAACAUAUAGACGUGUAAAUAUAUGUGAUUAAAACACAUAAACAAUACAAAACGCUCAACUUGUAUUAGUAAAUGUUGAGUAAUAUGAGCUUAAUGAGCCUCGGGAUAGUCAGCGGAUCAUUUUUCCUCUGCCCUCUUGCUUCUGUCAUAAAUAAGUGUUCUUUGGACC